UUCAAAAGCGUCUCCCUCUCAACCCCUCAUUUCUUUCUCCCGUCUGUCUUGCAGAGAGAGAGAGAGAGAGAGAGAGAGGCGAGGAUGAGUGGCGCCAGGCUCUGCAGCCUUCUUGGGGAAUUAGGCUACGAAGGCCACGAGGCAUUGGAUCCGGACAGCUUCGAAUGGCCAUUUCAGUACGAAGAGGCUCGCCCUCUGCUCGAUUGGAUCUGCUCCAGCCUCCGCCCCGCCAAUGUCCUGUCCCCAACCGAGCUCUUGCGGUAUGAGCAGUUUCUACAGGAGGGGAAGCUAUUGGAGGGGGAGGACUUGGACUUUGCUUAUGAUAGCAUUUCAGCCUUUUCAAGUAGGAGAGAUAAUCAGGAGUCCGGUUUUGGAGCCGAAGAAGGACUAAAUGAUAUCUGGAAGGCAACUGCAGUAUACAAAAAGGAAGCUUCAGAAUUGCAAAAACAGCUUAGGCGCCUACAGUCGCAGUUUGAUUUGCUUACAGGCCAAGCUUCAACUUUGAUCCAAGGAAGAAAAGCACGGGCUGCAGCAACAUCUACGAUCAAUGAUCAGCUCUGUUCGGUAGAGGAGAAGCUUUCUGAAAGAAACAUGGAGAUGAAUGCAUUUCUUGGAAAAAUCGCUUCUACCUCACAGGAGUUGGCUCACUAUCAUUCUGGGGAUGAGGAAGGCAUCUACUUAGCUUACUCCGAUUUUCAUUCAUACUUGCUUGGAGAUUCAGCUUGCACCAAGGAGAUUAACCAGUGGUUUGUGAAGCAGUUUGACACGGGUCCAUUUCGGCUAGUUGCUGAGGAGGGUAAAUCUAAAUGUUCGUGGGUCAGUCUCGAUGACAUCACGAAUUGUUUCAUACGAGGGGAUUCAGAAAAGUCUCACCAUCACCGUGUAGCUGAGCUGCAGCGUCUUCGCUCAAUAUUUGGGACAAGUGAGAGACAGUGGGUUGAAGCCCAAGUUGAAAAUGCUAAGCAGCAGGCUAUUCUUGCGGCACUUAAAUCUCAAGUAUCAUCUGAUGAAGCUCACAUUCAUCAUGAUCUUCAUUCUCUUCGGAGAAAACACUCAGAAUUGGCUGUGGAGCUUUCAAAUCUAAACAGAAAAGAGCAGAAGUUGUUAUCUGAGACUAUUCCACGUCUUUGUUCGGAGCUUGCUCAGCUCCAAGAUACAUACAUAUUGCAAGGUGAUUAUGAUUUGAAGGUUAUGCGUCAGGAAUAUUAUAUUGGUCAACAGAAAACGUUCAUAAAGCAUCUGAUCAAUCAGCUUUCCAGACACCAGUUUUUGAAAAUAGCUUGCCAGCUGGAGAGAAAGACCAUGCUUGGAGCAUAUUCGCUGCUUAAAGUUAUUGAAUCAGAAUUGCAAGGAUACUUGUCAGCUACGAGCGGUCGCGUGGGUCGUUGUUUAUCACUGAUUCAAGCUGCAUCAGAAGUACAUGAGCAAGGAGCAGUCGAUGAUAGGGAUACUUUUCUGCAUGGUGUUAGAGAUCUCUUAAGCAUUCAUUCAAAUGGUCAAGGUGGUGUAGCAACGUAUGUCUCAGCACCUGGCAUUGUUCAGCAAGUAUCUGGCUUGCAUUCUGACUUGCUGUCUCUCCAGUCGGACCUGGAAAACUCCCUUCCAGAGGCCAGAAACAGAUGCAUUAAUGAGCUGUGCACACUCAUUCAAAAGUUGCAGCAGCUGCUAUUUGCAUCAUCAACAACUGCACAGCCAAUUUUGACUCCUUGGCCGCUGAUGAAGGAGCUCGCAGAAAUGGAAAGGGUUAAUGCACAACUCUCUGCUGCAGUUGAAGAAGUGACACGAGAGCAUCGAGAAAAGGCUGAGAUUGUCAAACACCAUCCACACGAGGUAGGGCGAGAGCGGCAGGUCUUUGUUGAUUUCUUCUGCAAUCCUGAUCGUCUGAGGAAUCAAGUUAAAGAACUUACUGCCCGAGUGAAUGCUCUGCAAGUUUAGUGAUGUCUAUUGUUUCCAACACAUGCAUAUGCUUCUCAGGGCUACUUGCAGUAAGAAUGCCAAAGUUUCUGUAAUUGAUUGUAGGAUGGUGAUUGUUGCAUUGUAAUUUAAGUCACAUUAUUGUCUGUGGCUGGAUUCAACUGGACAAAGUCUAGUCAAUAUAUUGUAUUGAGAGUCAUCAUUCGAUCCAGCUUUCUGUUUGUAUUGCUGACUUCAGGAGAACUCCCUGAUUGGAAGUUUGAGAAAGGUAGAGUAGCGAUUCCACAGAA